UGCACGACGCACUUUUAUCCCAACAGUGAGAAAGCUAAAAUUGACAGGACAGAAAUCGCCAAUGGCACAGACGUUUUGGCUAAGCUUUUGAAUAAAACCUGUUACGACAAAAACGCCAGACCCCAGGCAGGAGGUAAAUUCUCUUCAAUGACCUCUGAAAACCGUUAUGUGACACGACGUCUUUAACUCCAAAACUGAUGGAAAUGUAACUUGUACGUAACUUCUUCUUUAUCGCGGACGGGAGGGGUGGUGUUGGUGGAUUUUUUUAGGGAUCACAUGGUUUUCAGGGUAACUCACCCUGAAAACCAAGAUAAUUCGUGGCCUACAGAGUUAAAAGUAGGGCUGAAUAAAAUUGACUGCCAAUUUAAAUGCCAGUGAGGAGGGAUUGCAGAAAUUUAACACAGACUUAAGGGGGGAAUGGGGGGAACAGUUACUCUGAUUGAAACAUGACUAAUACCCACUGAUCCCCCUCCUCCCCUCCCCCGGCAAUACCAUUCUGGAAACAGGAGAUGAGAAAAGACAAACGGAUAAUCUGGGCCAAGCCAAGCUCUCCAAACGAAGUUUUAGGAAAAUAUACGGCAAGCAGAAGAGAGGAAAUUCUAAUUAAAUAUUCUAACUUACAAGGAAAGGAAUCACUGGAAAUAUUAAUUUGAACGACAAACUAAUGCAACGGGCUGAGUUAGUAUCACUACGAAAACUAGUGGUUUAUAACAAAUGCGUGACUCAACGAAUUUACCGAGGAAUCACGACAGUCCCAACUCUUCAAAAUUCUUGCUUGUCAAAUUGAUCCACUGACAAGGGUGUUAAUGAAUACAAAUUAGAAGAAAGCGAACUGAGGAAAGCAAUUGAAAUCGAUCUCUUUUCCUUAGGGGAGCCAGUCACUGUAAGUCUCAGCAUGGCGGUUCAAUCUUUUACAAAUAUAAAGGAAUCUAAUAUGGUGAGUAAAUAUUUUUCUUUUACUUGUGAUUGCCUGAAGGGUAUUUUUAGUACUUGCUUUUCAAUGGACGAUACUUCCACUUUACACGACGAUAAUACCUUACCAAACGGGUUAGGAACAUUGAAUAAAGGGGUAAGUUUCUAAAGAAACUGUGGUGCUGCGUCGGUGGGAGAGUAUAGCAGGUAAUUUAGUGUUAACAACUGGGUUGAAAACGUAAAUUAGCCACCGUAAAGGGUAAAAAAGCUGACGUUUCGAGCAUUAGCCCUUCGUCAGAGCGAACGCUCGAAACGUCAGCUUUUUUUCCCUUUACGGUGGCUAAUUUACGUUUUCAACCCAGUUGUUAACACUAAAUUACGGGUUAGGAACAUUGUCUUAUCAAAAUAAACAAAUAGUAAUAACUUUCUAAACAAAUUCCCGCAGCAACCUAAGACCAGUGAAGAACACCCCUUAAUUUUCUACCAAGGGUAAACCAUAUUUGGAUAAUUUCAAAAUGAUCGGGGAUAAAUAAUACCAGGGGAUAAAUAAUACUGACUACUCCCUGAGUGAAUUCAUUUUAUUUACUUUUUUUAACAGGAAUUUACAACGUCAAUGUUCUUACGUCAGGAAUGGGUCGACGUAAGAUUAGCACACAAGUUGAAUGGGACGUUGCCAGUGAGAGGCGUUGAUGUGCAGAAAAUAUGGCGUCCAGACACUUACUUCACCAACAUGAACGAUUAUAAGUUGUACGAGGACAAUCAACUGGCUCUGAUAUCAAGCAGCGGUAGAGUUUACUUUAGUUCGAGGUAAUUGAGAGAAAAUAGGCAAUAAUAGGGGCAGAUGUAGAGGAGGGGUGCAGGGGUGCAUCCCCCUCAGGAUGACCUUCCGCUUUCUUCUAUAAUUUUACGGUCUUACAAAAUCUGCUCUAACGUUUGUUGUGUAAUCUUAGCAGUUCACAUUAUGUUUUUUUCCCAGUCAAAAGCCGUCUUCUUCGUUGUCUGCUUUAAAAUUUUGUUCACGCCCUCCGUUGAUAACGUCAUUUCUAAUCUCUUACCCAGAUCGUACCGUGUAAUUGUAACUAAGUUAUGAAGGUACAAACCCUUGGCCGUGAGAGGCUUGGGUACGAGACUUCGUCAUUCCUCAGUAGUGCACCCCUUCCUAGGAAAAUUCCCGGAUCCAUCCUUGAAUAGCAGAUAUGAAAAAACCUAUCUCUCUUCAAAAUGACUCAUGAAGACUGACAACCGCUUAGUGCUAAAAAGCACACAAACGUUGAAGCAGUUUGUGAUUGAGGGUCGAAAACAUUUCAGGAUUGCUUUAGUUUUGCUUUUUUUUACUAUCCUAAAAGACACGUUUUUAACCUGUUUUCUCUUUGGAAAUUCACUUUCACUCUUUGAAGUUAAUUUUUGCUUUCUAUGGCUUCAUAAAUAUAUGUAAGAGAACAGCUUUUUAUUUUCACAAUAUCAGCGGAGAAAGUGCGUUUGAUCAUUUUCAUGAAUUGUGCGCAAUCUACAUUUUAACGCUUUAUUGGCUACUGCCAUCAUCAUUAUCAUUAUUAUUGUAAUUGUUAUCAUCAUCAUUAUUAUCAAUGAUCUAAUUAUUUACAUCAGAAGGAAAACGCCCAGAAUUCUUUGUUGCCUAAGUAACUCCAGUCUGGUUCAAACCUCUCCUCCCCCCCCCCCCCUUUAAAUUGUUUCGGUUUUCACCAUCACUGACUUAUUUAGAACUUAACUAAGCUUGGAAGCAGGUGUUGUGGGAACAGUCGACUCCCAUGAUUUUAUUUUUUAACUCUCCCCUCUAGCUGCCGCAAAUUCCUUACAAAAUAGGUACGGAAUUUGGUGUUAGAUCAAGAUAACACUAUCCCUGAUAAGUUUGAGUAUUCUCAUCACCCGUUUACUGAAUAAUUUAUGGAUAUUACAGAGAGAAGUUUCAUUUUGAUCAUUGUGGGAGUUAAAGGAUUAUGUUAGAAAUGUUCUUUCUUCUGUGGCAGGUUAGUUGUAGCUGCCUCCUGUCGAAUGUAUUUACAAAAGUUUCCCACAGACGUUCAAAAGUGCAGCCUUGUUCUUGAAAGUUGUAAGUGUGGGCUGGGUUUCUUACUUUUAAUUAGGUUUUUUGUGCCUAAUUUUGUGCGCUGAAUACAGACUCAAUUUACAGUAAAUAUGAGAGUUGAGAUCUCGGCUACUGUGGGAUUAAUCUGAGGUCCGUCGCUCUGAUACGAAGGCCGCUAGCAAAACGGAACGGACUCGUUCUAGCCUCCUUUCUCGAUAUUUACCUGUUUACAAAAGAGGAACUUGGAAUGGUGUAGUAAAUAUUACUGACUAAGCAUUCUGUUUGGUGUUUCCUUUUUCAAGUUGCCUUUACCAGAGAUAUGGUGGAAUAUCGAUGGCAGUACCCCAAACCAGUGAAUAUCCUCGAUAUGGAGCUGGCAGAAUUUGAUUUGACCAAAACUGAAUAUAUUAAGAAAGAUGUGGAGUAUGUAGCAGGUAUUUAAGAUUUACUUAAUGCCCCCCCAAGGAUCUAUAGAGACGGAAUACUUUACUGAAGAUGUAGAGUACGUUGCAGGUGCAAUUUUAAAUAUAGGUUUAGUCCGCAUGUCUGCAAGGUGAAAAUUCAAGAAAUUUAACCCAGGUUAAAUAAUUCUUCUUAGAAAGAUGUAUAUUUCGUCUAGUCAAGUGCUUAGGACAAAAAAAAUUAUUCUAGGUACUCAUAAGAAAUCGAACUUCUGAGCCUCAGAUUCCGAGCUCAGAUGCUAUACUACUUGAAUCACGGCGACUCUACAGUGAGCCAGGCCUCUAUUAAGUCCAUUUUUGACACAAGUCCUGCAUUCUGCUAUGAUCAGAAAUAUCGAAAGGGUUAUGUGUCUAGAAAUAUUAGCAAGAUGUCAUAAAAGAAUAAGCAAGAUGAUAAAUUUUGAGCUCAGUUUAGAAAGAGAGAAUAAUGUUUUCCGUCUAACCAUGAGCGUGGGAAAAUUUCUGAGUCCCCAUGAGAAAUUGAACCUCAGACCAGACCUUCUUCAGUUUUAGGCCAGGCGAGUUCGAUCAUUUGUGACAAUCGUUAAGAGAUUCUCACUAUAAAUCCGUUUCGCUUGCAGGUAAAUACCGUGACAUGAUCGUAACUUUCACAUUCAGUCGUCGGAUCGGUUACUACCUCAUUAACUUCUACGUUCCUUGCAUCAUUAUGGUUAUUAUGAGCUGGAUCGUGUUUUGGAUUGAUCGAGACAACAUUGGCGACCGAAUAGCUCUCGGGAUCACGACCGUCCUCACAAUCGUAUUUUUACUGGGUUCCAGUAACAGCACUAUGCCCCGAGUCAGUUACCCGAAGGCUAUCGACUGGUACAUGAUGACUUCGUUCAUCUUCGUGUUUAUGUCGCUAAUCAUGUGUCUGUUGAUCUUCCGGUUUGAUCGAAAGAAGAACAAAGAGCAGCGCCCGCCGAGGUCGGUCAGCGGUGAACCUCCAGCUGAGGCAAUUUCGAUGCAGGUAAAUUUGUAA